GGGGGCUCUCAAACUGCUUUGCUUCCAAAAGGAAAAGACGCUGGCAGGCAUUCAUAUUUCAGCCCUCAAGUUAUGUAGGUUAAAGUCUUCCAGUGGGAAAAUGGAGCGCGUAAGAGAGCUGGUGGUGAUGCUCGCUAGAAGGAAAGCAGAAAAAAGGAGCGCAUAAUUCCAGCCAGAUGAAGGUGAGCGAUGCAAUGGAAGAGCGGUGCUAGCACAUGAAUUUUCAGCAGAAUAUUUCUUUCCACCAGUGUCAACAUGCAGAGCAACUACUCCCUGGCCAUCACCACCGGGGAAACUCUCCAGGCCCUCUACACGGCGCUGACCAACACGUCGGCUGCCCUGCGCGGGCCGCCUCCCUGCCCUCUUACCUCUUCUGACUACCAAUUUUCACUAAUUCCAGUACUCUUCUCCAUAGUUUUCAUACUGGGGUUGGUUGGCAACAGUGUGGUGGUGGCCGUACUCUGCCGUCAAAGCGGCCCCAAAACAGUUGCCAAUAUCUACAUUUUCAACCUGGCCAUGGCGGAUUUGCUGUGCCUUGUCACCCUCCCCUUCUGGGCUACAUAUUACGCACACGGAUACAACUGGCUUUUUGGAUCUCUCAUGUGCAAAAUCUCCAGCUCGGUCCUUUGCCUGAACAUGUUUGCAAGUAUAUUUUUCAUCACCUGCAUGAGUUUGGACCGGUACCAUGCUAUUGUCCAUCCUAUUCGCUCUCAAAGGAGAACACUGCAGCAGGCAUACGUUAUAGCACUGGUUGUGUGGAGCCUGGCCUGUUUCUCCUCCCUCCCGACUUUUUAUUUCCGUGACACGCACUACAUUAAAAGCUUGGGGGUAAAUGCUUGUAUUAUGGCCUUUCCUCAUGAGAAUUAUGCAAAAUGGUCUGUGGGAACAGCCUUCCUGAAAAAUACAGUUGGUUUCUUCAUCCCCUUGAUAGUGAUCACCACGUGCUACAUCUGGAUCAGGAGGCACUUGCUAAAAGCACAGGAGUUUGGGAAAAACAAGCAGAAAAGGGACAAAGUCUUAAAACUAGUGGCUGCUGUUGUUGUGGCCUUCUUGAUUUGCUGGCUCCCAUUCCACAUUUUAACAUUUUUGGAUGCGCUGGCUCAUAUGGACAUCAUUAAUGACUGUGCUGUGACAAGCAUCAUCGACACGGCACUGCCCUUUGGCAUCUGCCUGGCAUUUGCUAACAGCUGCGUCAACCCUUUGCUGUACUGCUUUAUUGGGAACCAAUUCCAGGAGAAGCUCCAUCACUUGUUCAAACGCCAGGUUUAUCAGUUCAACAGCCAUCGAGAGAGCUCCUCUUUGCGAAAAGGGAGCUGCUUCAGAGAUGCUGAGGCUUUAGGGGGUGCUGGAGAGAGUCCUGGGCCCAUGUAGUAGGUGCCUGGCACAGCACAGGGCUGCACCGGAGCAGUGGGCUGCCCUGCAGUGACGAUGCUCUUCUCUCCUCUUCGCUUUGCAUCUGCUCACCUGCCAGUUGUUUGGAGGAGAACUUGUUUUCAUCAUACAUGGGGAUUUUCUCUUCCUUUCCACAAUGAGCAGCAAAGUUUUGCAUAGAGGGAAGUUUCUGGCAAAUAAAUAUAUC